GAUUGGGGGGGGGGGGUGGAAUGGAGGAAGCGUGGAUUGGAUAAAAUUAUUAAAUACGGACAUUAAUGGACGUGGCAACUACUUCCAAGCUCCUUUUGCAGCACCCAGCAGUUGCCAAGUCUGCAUAUAUAGAGAGACCUUAAGGUGGAAGUUGGCGUUGCUGGUUUUGGUCAAAUUAAGUUAUUAUGGGUUGGCAGGGACGGAAUCUGAAAGCCAAAGAUCUACUCGGCUUCGCCUCUCCGAUUGAGGUCUUUCACCUCUUUACGCUCACAAUCCUCAGUCUUCUUCUCCCAACCUCGUUUCUUCUCCUAGCCAGGCUAUCUGCUGCCCAGUCGUUUCCUUCCCCUCAUCCAUCUCCUCGUCUAUAUUCGCUCCUCCUUCGCAUCAACCCAAACCUUCUCUACCUUCUCGUUUCUAUUGUUAGCGUAGCCACUCUGAUCCACGGCUUGACGUGCAAAAUCACCCUUUUCACCCAAUCAUCAACCCCUCUUCUCAAACCUCCGCUCUAUGCUUCGUGGAUCCUUCUCUGUUCUUUCCAAAUUUGCGUUGGCUUGGGCAUCGAAGGAAACAUAUCGGCGGCUGCAGAUGACUCUGGUUCCGCUUUUGGCUUCCCAGGAAGAUUCUUCAGCAGACUGAUUUUUCUCCUGGGGUUGCAUGAGACAACGCAAGUUUGGUCCAGGACGGUGGUGAAACCGGUUGUGGAUGAUUCGGUGCUUGGGAAUUCCAGGGAGGAAAGAUGGGUUGAAAGGGUGGCCGUCGCUGCCAGCUUAGGUGGCAUGUGGUGGUGGAGGUUGAGGGAGGAGGUGGAGAUUCUGGUGGUUAUGGCGGAGGCCAAGACGGAGCAUUUAAUGGAUAUGGACGUGCGGGAUUUUGUUGGAUGGUGGCUGUAUUAUCUGACGGUGACCGUCGGGAUGGUCAGGAUUCUCAAAGGGCUGUUGUGGGUCGCCAUGAUUUGUGUGCGUAGGAGGAGGGAGAGGGGGACUUCCUUGGCUGAGCCCGACGAGAAUGAUGACAAGGUGUGAAUUUGACCAAUUCUGUAUUUGUCUUCCGUAUUUUUUUCUUAAUUGCGAUUUUAUGGUGCCAAUUGACUGAUUGAGCACCAAUCCAAUUGUAUAAACUCGAAUCCAAUAUCAUGUUCAUGAUAUA